AUGAACACUGUCCCUCAGCGUGGGAGCGUUGACGAUGACCCUGUGGAAAAGGGGGAUGAUCUCGGAAAGCCGAUUACGCCCACCCAGAGCCAUGGCCGUGGCACAACGGUCGAAUACACAUCCGACAAUACACAUGCACUCAGUGAAGUGGAAAUAAACCUCAGGGUGAUUGACGAAGCUGUCGAGGCCAUUGGAUUCGGAAAGUUCCAAUGGCAGCUGGCCCUUUCCUGUGGAUUUGGCUUCCUCGCGGAUCAGAUGCUCCUCGUGUCCAUCUCUCUCGUCGGACCCCAGCUCAUUCCCGAGUUCGCGCCAAAACACUCCACUUUGCUCCCAGCGUCCAACUACGCUGGCUUGCUCAUCGGCGCGGUUUUGAUGGGCCUGCUUGCGGAUAAUAUUGGGAGGAGGAUGGUGUGGCAGCUGUCGAUAUUCGGUAUCUCUAUUGCUACUAUGCUUGCUGCUUCAUCUCCUAACUGGGCGGCUAUUAACGUAUGGGUUGCUAUUUGUGGCUUCUUCGGAGGCGGAAACCUCGCGAUUGAUCUCACAAUUCUUGCCGAGAACAUCCCUCAGCGAUGGUCUUUUAUGCUUGCUGGACUUGCGUGUGUUUGGGGACUAGGGAAUACUAUCACCGGUAUCUUCGGAUGGGCCCUUAUUGUCCCCUUCAGCUGCCCACAGGAUGCAACACCAGAGACCUGUCCCAAGUCCGCAAACAUGGGUUGGCGGUAUCUGUACAUCCUCCUGGGUGGGUUAUGCCUUGUAAUGUCAAUUAUUCGGGCUCUAGUACUUCGGACACACGAGUCUCCAAGGUGGCUAGUGACUCGCGGCCGCAUCGACGAGGGCGUGGAUGUCAUCAACCGAAUUAGCGCGAUGAACAGGUCGAGCUAUACGAUUUCUGCCGAUCAGUUCAUCAGAAUCGGGUCCACAGAAGAAGUGAAGACGAUGUCAUUUGGCGAAAACAUUCACCGAGCGAGCAGGUUAUUCAAGGGAAAGACACAAAUCAGAUUGAUGAUCUGUCUGACGAUGCUGUGGAUGUUGGUUGGUAUUGCGUACCCUCUUUUUACAAUCUUCUUGCCCUACUAUCUGCGCGCACACGGCGCGGACCUUGGCGACUCAAGUACCUACACCACAUACCGAGAUUGGACAAUCUCGUCAGUCGUUGGCACAUUCGGGCCUAUUCUGAGCACUUGGAUGGUAUCAAACAAGUGGCUUCGAAGUCGCAAAUCGCUCGUGUUUACCGGUGCUGCCUGCGCUGCAUUCGCAGGUGCCUUUACCUCGGUCAAGAACCCUGCUGAGAACCUAGCGUUCUCCUCCAUGGUAAACUUCUGGCUGAAUGCCACGUACGCUAUCAUUUACGCGUAA